UUUAAAAAAAGCUUUGAUGUUUUGCAAUUUCUGUAAACGUAUUCUAAACUAAGUUUUCUAUUCAUCUGCUUCAAAUUAAGUUCUGUUUUUAACUUUGAAAGUUUAGUUCAUAUGAAGUUGGAAGGCGCGAAAGUUCGGCUCUGAACGUUCUCCUCAAACAUCCAUGCUCGGCCAUCUAGUUUUCCAGCCUCUGAGAAAGCCUCUCAGUAAAUACUUCGUCAAUAUGUCUUUGUUUCCCAUGAGUUUAGUUAAUUUUGUGUAAUAAAGCAGCAUGGAUGAAACUGGUUUCAAACUGCUCGUGAAGCUAACCCAGGAGGGACGGUUGAUUUGUCUGCAGAAACAGAUCGCAUCAUGGGGCUCUGCAGCUUCUAUCAGCAGCAAACACUUCGGACGCUCGGGAGACACUCUGCUGCAUUACGCGGCUAGACACGGACACUUGGACAUUAUGGAGUUCUUAAUAAAGCAACUAGGCGCAGACGUGGAAGUGUACAACAACGACUAUAAGAGACCGCUGCACGAGGCUGCCUCCAUGGGCCAUGAGAACUGUGUCAGCUACCUGCUCAAGGAAGGCGCUGACGUAAACAGCCUGAAGAGGGCAGACUGGACUCCCCUCAUGAUGGCGUGCACUCGAACGAACCUGGACGUGAUUAAGAGGCUGCUGUCCCACGGCGCGGACCCCGCGCUGAGAAACAAGGACGGCUGGAACUCCUUCCACAUAGCCUGCAGGGAGGGCGAUCCUUUGGUCGUGGAGCACCUGCUCCGUGCCGCGCCGCACAUUUGGACCACUGAGAGCAAGACGGGCCGAACCCCGCUGCACACUGCAGCUAUGCACGGCUGUGAGGAGGUUGUUAGCAUCUUGCUGGAGAGGUGUAGCUACAGCCCAAACGGCACCGACAGCUGUGGGGUCACGCCUUUCAUGGACGCUGUCAGGAAUGGACACCUCCGCGUGGCCAAGCUGCUUCUGGAAAAACACCAGGCAUCUCCAGUGGCAGCAGAUACACUCGGGGCUCAGCCAGUACACCAGGUGGCUGUCACUGGCCAGGAGGAGGCCCUUCGUUUUCUGGUCCAGGACCUGGGUGUGGACAUCAACCAGAGAGGCACUGCUAUCCAACUCACUGCCCUGCAUUAUGCUGCAAAGGAGGGCCACACUACCUUAAUAAAAACGUUGGUGGAACUUGGAGCGGAUCUUCACGCUCGGGACAAAAAGGGACGCACUGCUCUCCACAUGGCCUCCAUUGGGCAGCACGCGGAAGCAGUCGGGACGCUCCUGCUGCUUGGGCUGCAGGACUGCGAGGAUGCAUCUGGUACGACGGCGCGUCAGCUGGCGAUGAAGCAGGAGGUCGUGCGGACGUUUGAACGUGGCACCGCAGAAACAGCAGACAGAGGAUCUUUGUGAAAACAAACACACGUUCACAACCGGGACUUCAUAGUCCCUUUGAGAGCGAAGAGGCGAUGACGCUUUAGAGACGGAAGCUCACCUAAAACCAUUUUUGCAGAAUUCAUUAAAACUCAAAGAAAACAAGUGAGCAGAUCCUGUGUGGUUAGGUUUCAGUUUCAGCAUGGUAAAGAUAAACUCACCUCCCUUAUGUGUCAACAUUUUGAUGUUAUCAUUAGCUUCUACUUUGUCUGUGGAGUUCCUCAGAAUCCAGAAACAUGAUAAAAAAUAUUUACCAAGAUGUUUGCUCUGGGAGGGUUUAUUAUUAUUAUUUCUUUUGCUCUGCCAGAUGGCUGUGUGGGCUAUUUGUAAAAAAUGUGUUUAAUAAAUCUUUAAUUUAAAAAAAGCAACAUCUUUGUUUGCACUUUCCGGAUUAAAAAAAUAA